CAGUCUCUUCCUCGCUUUAACCUGCUCAGUCAGUCAGUCAGUCAGUCCGUCAUCCAGGAACUCUCUUCAGCGCUACCUGUAUAAUUGAUCCAGAUAAGGACUUUUCUUCAGGCAUGAUUCGGGUUUCUUCGCCCAUGGUCGUGUUGCUGCUGUUUGCGGUUGUUGUGGUGGUGAGUGCAAACUCUGGAGAAAACCUGGUAAGAAAAAGAAGAGAGUGGAUUCUUCCUCCAAAGCCUCUGAAAGAAAAUGUGGACUAUACUCAAAUGGAAUCUAUUGCCAGGAUUCGAUCAGACUAUCAAAGUGGGACAAAUGUUCUCUACUCUCUAGAAGGCAUUGGCGCAAACCAACAACCCUUCCAUGUGUUUGUCGUUAACCCUAAUACUGGAAACGUUCGUGUGACCAAAGUGCUUGACAGAGAGUAUAUUGAUACAUACAAUCUGUCAGGUGUUGCUACGUUUCGUAAUGGCACCCAGGCUGAGAAAAAAAUUGACCUACGAAUCAAGGUUGAAGAUGAGAAUGACAAUGCUCCAGUGUUCAGCGUAAUGAAGCCUGGCGAGGUGGAUGAGCUCAGCCCUGCAGGGACCUCAGUCAUGAAAGUCACUGCAACAGAUGCUGAUGAACCAGGGAAUGUCAAUUCUAUGAUCGUAUAUAGCAUCAUGGAGCAGAGGCCACCUGAUGACAUGUUCUACAUGGACCAAUCUGGGACCAUCUAUGUGAAGAAGCCUUUGUUGGACAGAGAGAAAGAUGAUCAGUACUUUCUGGUGGUGAAAGGCCAAGACCUAAAUGGCCAACCAGGGGGACACAGUGGAACUGGCACUGUUACCAUUAAUGUACGCGAUGUGAAUGACAAUCUUCCAACACUGGAAAAAGAACAGUAUGAGGGAGACAUUGAGGAGAACACAGAAGGUGUGGAGGUGAUGAGAAUCAAAGCAGAGGACGUGGACCUCAAGGGCACAGAGAACUGGGAAGCUGUGUUUGAUAUUGUCAAAGGCAAUGAGGCUGGGUAUUUCAGCAUCAAAACAGACCCCAAGACCAACGAGGGCAUCCUAAUGCUUGACAAGGCUGUGGAUUACGAGGAUGUAAAGAACCUUGAACUAGGGCUUGCUGUAAGGAACAAGGCUCUACCAUAUGAAUUUGGAUUAAAUAAUGGAGGAAGUGGGGGGGGUGGAGGUACCGGUGGUACUGGUGGUGCUGGUGGUGCCGAUGGUACUGGUGGUGCUGGUGGUACUGGUGGAGCCAGUGGUGGCGGUGGCACAGGCAGCACAGGUAGUACCAGUGGUGCUAGUGGUGCUAGCAGUGUAGGAUUUAAAACCUAUCCUAUCAAAAUCAAUGUGAAGAACCAGCCUGAGGGGCCACGUUUUGAUCCCAAAAUCAAAGCUAUUCCAAUGUCAGAGGGAGGCCACUCCAUCAACAUUAAUGAUGUUAUUGCCCGCUACCCUGCAAUCGAUGGAGACACUGGGAAACCAGCUGAAAAUGUCAGGUAUGCCAAGGGCUCAGACCCUGACAACUGGCUAACCAUCGACCCAAAGACGGCUGAGAUCAAACUGAACAAGAUUCCUGACAGAGAAUCUCCAGCCCUGGUCAAUGGAACAUAUAUCGCAAAAGUACUCUGCAUUACAGAAGACAUGCCAGCUAAAACAGCCACUGGCACGAUCGCCAUUCAGGUGGAAGAUUUCAAUGACCACUGCCCCACUCUGACCAGUGACGUGCAGACUAUGUGUACCACAACGGAUGCUGUAAUAGUGAAUGCUAACGAUGAGGAUGCGAGUCCAAAUGGACCUCCUUUUGAGUUUGCCAUCAUCCCAGAAGGCACUGAAGGAAAAUGGCAAGUUCAGAAACUAAAUGACACUGCAGCUAUCUUGAGGGCUCAGGAGUCCUUGUGGCCUGGUUUCUACGAGGUGAAAUUUGAGGUGAGGGACCAGCAGGGAGAAGCCUGCCCUGAACCACAGAAAGUGAAGGUCCAGGUUUGCACCUGUGAGGAUGGAGUGGUGUGUGGACAACGAGGUGCCAAUGGCCAGCCCAGCAAGAAAACAGAGUUAGGACCUGCAGGCAUCGGACUGCUGCUUCUGGGCCUAUUGUUGCUGCUACUCAUCCCUCUGUUGUUACUUCUCUGCCAAUGUGGGGGUGCUGCAGGUUUUCCAGACCUCUUUACUGAGAUGCCUUUUGACACCAAGUCACACCUCAUUAAUUACCACACUGAGCACCAGGGAGAAAACACGGAGAUGCCACUGCUCAACAUGCCAACACAAGUGGAUGGAGAUAUGGUCGCCAUGGGGAUGGGUGCAGCGAAGACAACUUCAGCAAUGUCACCUAUGGCAAGUUUGGGUUUCCAGCCAUCUGUCACUUCCAUGAAUGGGAUGAAUGGGGGUGCCAUUCAAGAGGGUUUUUCAAAUGUGAACAGAGAAGGAAUGUGGGGAAUGAACCAGGAUGAAGGCAGCGGCUUCUAUUCUGAGUAUGAGGGCAUGGACUCACGAGGAGGUGGAGGAAUUUACGCUGGCAUAGCAUUGCCAGAUCACUUCCUGGGACAGUACUACAAUCAGAAGGUAGCAAGUGGAACUGACAAUCUUGGGGUAAAAGAUGGUCUGUUAGUGUACGACUACGAGGGCCAGGGCUCCUCUGCUGGCUCAGUGGGCUGCUGUAGCCUUCUAGAAUCUGAAAAUGACCUGCAGUUCCUCGAUGAUCUUGGACCGAAAUUCAAGACUCUUGCUGAGGUGUGCGGAGGCAAGAAGAUCCAAACUGAGGUCAAACAAGUGUGCCCUCCUCUGCCCAGUUCAUCCAUAACUACUGCCCAAGCAUCAGUAUCCAGUUUGAUGAUGGCCCAACAGCUGCCCGCUUCACCCAAACUGCAGCCAACUAUCCCCAAGGCAGAGCAGUCUGUGGUCAGGAAGGCAACUGAGAGUUCUCAGUUGGAGAUGGAAAAGACAGCCACAGUGAGGGAAGGGAUGACCACAGUGAAAACAGGAGUGGCGAAUCAAAACCAGAUGCUCUUACUGCAGCAGCAGCCACAGCCCGUCUACUACACCACCACCCCUGUAUUGCAACCGAUGCACUAUGUAGUCCAGCCACAAGUUCAGAACUCUGUGCUGCUGACUGAAGCACCAGCCACCAACCUUCAAGGUAUGGUACUGGUUAACGACACCCAGUCUAGGCCUUCCCAAGGAGUAAUCAUUCAAGGGACGACAGUGAUGUCCAGUGCACAAACCCAGGGCCCCGGUAUGGUGUUAGUGGCGAAUAAUGAGGUUCAUGGGAGCCGUGGAAACCUAAUCCAUGCUGGAAACUUCUCUGGUUCCCAGCCUAUGAUGCUAGUUGAGAGCAAGGUCCCUGCAGCAUCAGUGAAAGUGUUGAAGGGAAGCCAGACACGCCUUGUUCAAGGAGGUUCUCUACAGUCAGGAGGGCUUUCAGGAUCUCAGACAGUCCUGGUGGUCAGAGAACCAAUGAGCAGCAGUCAGCUGGUUAAGGAAGCAGGAAGUCUGUCCCAGAAGUGUGAAGUAUCUGGCCUACAAAGAGUCCUCGUCAGCAAGGGCAGCCCAUCCAUUAGCUCUCGGAGCAGCAAUUUGGGAUCUUCUACUACCACGGUGAGCACAGCUCCCACCUACUCCAAGGUGGUGGUGCACGAAACGAAAGACAUUCAGUGAAUGAAAAAUUGCCUAGACAGCAAUAAACCUUUUCCAAAUGCCAAAAAAAACUAUUCCUCUACCCUAUUCUCUGGUGAUGGGGGGGCUUGUGGGACUCAAGUAAUGCAAAACAGCUAAUGCAGAGAGAGCAGAUUCUUUAUAAUACCUCUUUUAAAUUUGAUAAUAUAAAGUGGGGAGGGAUGGGGGAGUGUGAGGCCCCCAAAACACAGAAAACAUUACAGUUAAUUGAUCACUACUCCAACAAGGGUGAAAGUAAAUAGUUAAAAUGUUAACAAUAAAAAAGUACCAAAUUGGAAAUUAUAAAAAAUCAAUAUUAAUAAGCUGAUCCUGGAAUUAUUCCACCUGACUUAUCAAGCCUUACUUUGCCAUCCCUUUUCAAUGUACACACUGUAUCAUCUUCAGUCAACUUGUAUGGGUAACUUCAACUUUGUUGCAUCAUCAUGUUAUGUUUCAGGCUGUCUACUGUUCUAUUGUCUUGUAUUGUCUCCUACGUAGUUAUAUGAUUAUAUGUUAUUUUGUACCAAUAAAAAGAAAAUAUUAAAUCAUCAUUUUGGAAUCUA